AUGUAUAUAGUACGUGUGUCACAGCCGACCGAUACACACGUGUGUUACCGUCAGUCGCUUAUCGCAUUUUUAGCUUCCGAUAGCAACUACGAGAACUUCACCGCAAUUAAGAAGGUAUGCUCUUUAAUUACGGCCCCCCUUAACCAAUUAGACAUAGCACUCACGCGAUCAUCCGGCAUGUCGGACGACCCUGAUAUCAACCCACCUCUUUCCAAACUAAAAUCACCUCAACCAAACACGCAAAAAACUUUCGCCGAAACAACCGCAAACGUCUCCUUCCCGAAAAAAGACCAAGCUAUAAUUUUCAACACAAUCCAAGAUGUACCACAGAUAGAAUACAUUAAAGCUUUCAGCUCACUUACGCCACCAAACAAUAUAAAAUUCGCAUCUCGAGUGUCGAACAAUAGGUUCUGUAUAUACUUCGCAAACAAAAACAUCGUCGAGCAAAUCAUAGCAAAACAACAUUACAUAACAAUAAACAACACCGAAAUACCGUAUCGCCGCCUUAUCAACCCAGCCAAGCGCAUAAUACUAUCCAAUGUCCAACCGAUAAUCCCACACGACAUAAUCGCUAAAGCAAUUAACAAUCUCUCAAUUAAAAUGCUAUCACCGAUCACGUUCAUGAAGGCCGGUUUUUCUAACGACGAGUUCGGUCACAUAGGCAGCUUCAGACGUCAACUAUAUAUACACCCUGAACACAGCGACAAAAUUCCGAGCUCGAUUUUAUUACAAUUCGAUCAAACGGAAUACCGCAUAUUUUUAUCGGAUGACACUGUGACAUGCUUUUCGUGCAAACAAACGGGCCACACUUCAAACCACUGUAAAAAUACACCAGAAUAUAAUGCCGCACCAACUCUCGGCAACAACCCUAAAAAUAUCAUGGACAUCAACGAAAAGACAACCCAAAACACAGAUAGCUCCCCCACCACCAUGGAUACAUCAUACACCGAUGAAAACCUCAAGGAAACAACAACCAACUCACCAGCCACACAGGAAUCACCCGUCCAGGAAAAAAGACCCGCACCAUCAACAUCUAGCUCCAGCUGCCAGGAUAACACGUCUAUCGCGAAAACCCCAACCGUUUCUACACCUCCCCAAACAGAAACCGUAAGGACACGGACCACCAACGGUAUACUCGAAACCAAAUUAAAAGAAUCAGCCAAAAACCCACAACCCCCUCAAAAAAAACCAAAACGCACAAACUCGAUUGAGCAGAUAAUAUUGAAACUUGAUGAAGCGCUACUUCCCGCAAAAAAGGCUUUUGAAAAUAUCCCAAACCUAAAAAUCAACUACAAUCAAUUUAAAUACAUCAUUGAAAACACACUUUCCGAGCCAAACCCCUCCCACAUCGUAGAGGCACUCAACAUCUCAACCAUGGAAAUGAUUGUAAUUAUCGACACGGUGCGCCCGAAAAUUAAUAACCUUAGCAUCAAGAAUAGACUUACGAGACUAGCUAAAACACUUCUCUCGUCUCUUUCAGCUGUCCCCACCGACACUUCCCUAUCCCAAUAA